AUGUCUGCAGUCCUUGGGCCGAUCAAAUGGUUCUACCAUGAGUUCGGCAUCGCUUCGAUCCAUGAGACUGGCAGAAAUGCCUAUUUCAUCAUCUUGGCUCGGUCUUUUCGGAUGAUUGCCUAUGGCGCAAACUCACUAAUACUUGCAAUCUUCUUCUCGGCUCUGAAUUUUUCAGAUCAUCAGAUUGGGUUAUUCAUGACCCUGACUUUACUCGGAGAUGUGUUUCUCGGCACGUUCCUUACUCUUGUUGCCGACAAACUCGGCAGACGAAAGGUCUUGUUGGCUGGUUCCUUCCUGAUGGUCUUCAGUGGCCUGGUCUUUGCCGUGUUUGAGAACUUUUGGAUCCUUCUAUUGGCUGCUAUACUUGGCGUCAUAAGCAUUACCGGCGGAGACUUUGGUCCUUUUCGCAGUAUCGAAGAGUCCAUCCUGUCUCAACUUACCACACCUGAGACGAGAUCCGAUGUCCUCGCGUGGUAUGUCACAACGUCCACACUGGGGUCUGCAUUCGGCAGCGAGGCCUCAGGCCGAAUCAUCCGUGUGCUGGAAGUCAGAGACGGCUGGACGACGAUUGAUGCUUACCACGCGAUAUUCUGGAUAUACGCCGUCAUGGGCAUCGUCAAUGCGCUCUUGACUUUUCUAUUGACGGAAGCUUGCGAGCUCGAGACUGAAAAGGACUAUGUCCAAGUGCCACAAAGCGAGGGGCAACAUGUUGCGGAUCCCAGCCAUGUACAAUUACCCAGGCCCGAGGAGACCAGACCAGCCCGCAACUGGUUUAUGCGGUCCGUGACUUGGUUUUCGACUCGGCUGGCGGACAUAUCGGCGCCGACGAGGUCUGUCAUGUAUAAACUCUGGUUUCUAUUGGCCGUGGACUCCCUCGCCGACGGCAUGGUCCCGUACUCGAUGACAAACUAUUAUUUGGAUCAGACCUUUCACCCUAGCAAGGCCACUCUGGGCGAUAUCAAUUCGGUGGCCUAUUUCUUGGGGGCCAUUUCCUCGGUGUUUGCAGGUCCGCUGGCGCGGCGCAUCGGCUUGAUCAACACCAUGGUUUUCACCCAUGUCCCAUCGUCGGCCGCAGUGUUGCUGUUCCCAUUCCCUCCCGUCUUUUGGUUGGCAGCGGCUCUGCUCUUCCUCCGAGCGGGCCUCAACAACAUGGACCAGGCUCCCCGCACGGCCUUUAUCGCCGCUGUCGUCAAGUCGGAGGAGCGGACCGCCGUCAUGGGUGUCACUGCCAUGCUACGGACGCUCGCGGCCAUGACUGGGCCGACUCUUACGGGUAUUCUGGCCUCUGGCGACAGAUUUUGGAUCGCCUUUGUCGUGGCUGGCAGCUGUCGCCUGGCUUACGACCUUGGACUCUACGCCAUGUUUGUGAAUAUGAAGCUCUACCAAAACGAGAAAAACAACGAUGCAGAGACGAUGAGUGGUUCAUCCCGGGGAAGACGAGAGCUUGACGAGGAGCAAUCGUUCCAGUUGGAUAGCCUGGACGACUCUGACAGUGAAAUUGAAGAGGAACCAAAGGAGCCGAAAAAUAUUGAUAAAGAAUCGACAAAUGGGUCUCUGGCUUUACCACGACAGGGUGAGACGAUUAGAAGCAGAAGCCCACAUAGCCUGAGGCGCGCCGGUUUGAAAUGA